AUGCCCAUCAAUGUGGAGAAGAUGCCAGACAAGCGGGAGGUGCCAAUUGGCGAAGCCAUGCGAGGUCUCCGUGAAGAGGAUCUACCUGCGCUGGCACAGGAGAUUGUCGAGAAGUGCCGCUACAUCCCUGAGAGCAAGACCUCACAGGUGGCGAAGGUGCUCAAGAAGCUCUACGGACUGCAAGCGUCUGACGCGCCGUUCGGCAAGGACUUCGGGGCAGGCGCCACACAGUCUUCCACCAACCGAACCUCGGGCGGGGACUCCGUGCUACCUGCGCAGCUGGAAGACCUCCUCCCCAGCGCAUCCGUCCGUAACCUGGACGAGUAUGUCGAGGAGCUUUAUGAGGAGAAGAUGGACAUGAAGAUCCGAGGUGCACAAAGGCUACUGAGACUUUGCACGGAGGUCCGCAUCCUCGACCAGUUGGCAGAUCAUCCCACACUGCUGGGGGUGCUGAGCCGCGAGCUGCGCGAGAACGCCAAGCGCAGCUAUGAGCUUGCGGUGGCCAUCACAGGUAUUUUUCUGAUCCUUGCGAACUUCUCCUGCUUCCACCUCGCCCUCAAACGACACCAGUGUGGGGAAGUGACCAUGCGCAUUCUGGAGUAUGAGAGCAAGCGGCGAAACGUCCUGAAGAACGAGCUGGUGCAGACUCAAGAGCAGCUAGCGAGCUCGCAGCUGGGUGACGAGCGCACCCGGCUGCAGCACGCCCUUGGCAAAUGCCGUGCACGGCUAGAACGGCAGGACCACCUGCUGCAGAUCUGCCUUCUGGUGCUCCGCGCAGUCUCGGAGGACACUGCACAGGAGCUGAAGUUUGUGAAGCAGAAGCUCUGCCAAAUGCUCGUGCCCAUGCUGGGCAGACAACAUGAGGACUUGUUGCUGAGUACGCUGUCCAUGUUGCACAAGCUGACCAUCUUCGAGCAGAACAAGGAUCAGCUCCUGAAGGACGAGGUCUUCCAGCGGUUGGCCGAGCUCCUCGGCCACCCGGCCUCGGAGGUGGCAUUCCUGGCGAUGAGAGCGUGCUACAACCUCUCCUUCGACCCCAAGGGCCGUGCCUUUUUGGCCAGUCAGAGCAACGUGGUGGCCCGGCUCAUGGCCGCCGCGACGGCGCCGAGCGCCCGCUUUAAAGUGGUGUCCUUGAAACUGCUUUACCACCUGACUCUGGACCCAGCCGCACGGUCGGCCCUGACCAGUCGGCAUCCGACCAUCGCCUCCAUGGCGCUGCAGCUCGCUCAAAGCAAGGAGCAGGAGAAAGAAGCCCUCGCUUUGCUCCUCAACUUGGCGGCCGACCAGGCCGCCGCCUGCUUGCUCUUGGCCGAAGAGGCCUUCGUGACGGUGGCCCUGCGGGGCAUCAAGGGCAACCAGGUCAUCCUCAAGGUGUUGCGCCACAUUGCUUCCCACCAAGCCAGCCGGUCCAUACUUCUUGAUGUCAUGGGUGGAGGGCCGGAUGCCCCUGGCUCAAGCCACGCGUGGCUCCUGGAGCUCGUGCGGCUGGCACAGAGCACGGCAGCCGACAGGCACGACGUGCUGGUUGAAGCAGUGGGUAUCCUCGCUGCCCUCGACUGCAACAGCCCAGAGGUUCCCUGGCCAGAGCUUUGCGAAGCUGGGCUCCUGGAGCUUCUGCCAAGGCUGUUGAUGGUGGGCUUCUCCGAGGAUGAUGUGGUUCUCGAGGCGGUCAUGCUGCUCAGUGUCUUAGCCCUGGAUCCACCCGCAGCGGCGUUGCUUGUGAACUCCAAGGUGAUCCAGCUGUUGCCUGAUGUGAUGGCAGCCAAGACGAAGGAUGUAGAUCUCAUGGUGCAGCUGAGCUUCUUGCUCCGUUGCCUCAUCAUCGCUGAUGCCACGCGAGAUGCAGUUCUGCAGACGGACGCGCCGGCGCGUGUCCUGGAGCUGCUGCGAUCUCCGGAGCCUGCCGUACAGGAUGCGGCGAGCGAGCUCUUGGAGGUGGUCGUCGCUGCGGAGACGCAGGCUGGCCAGCAGAGUCGAUGGACGAGACACAUCCAGGAGUACAGGUACAAAGUUCACAACAGCGAGUGGCUGGACGCCGAGAUCGACGGUCAAAAUGCUCGGGACGGUCGGGACGGCCGGCGCCAGGAGCACCGUUCGCCCUCGCGCGAUCCGUCUAAGCGGAGCCCGCUUGCGGCACCAGGACAAGGCUGGGGGGAGUCCAGCGACAUGGAAGACCGCAGAGAAGAGAAGCGAGGCAGAAAAAAGCGUGCAAAGUGA